AUGGCAACUUUGGAAAAAAAAUUUGUUAAAAAAGGAAAAAUCCACAAUGAAACUAGAAGCAAAAAACUCAGGCUGCAGAUUCAGCAGCUCCAAAGCCAACUGGUAACAAAAGAAGCUUCUUUGCAAGAGGUGAAGUCAGAGUUGGAAAUCUACAGAGAAAAUAAUGCUAGACAGUCCUCUAAAAUUCAGACCCUAAAAGCUCAGGUCAAGGAGCUGGAAGAAAUCGCUACAUCUGUAACCAGUGUAAAGUCACAGUCAGGUGCCUAUAUUUAUACUCUCAAAAGGAAGAACCAUGAGUUAAGUGAAAGAGUCUCAGAAUUAGAAAAACAUCUGAGGAUGCUUCUGGUGAGGAGAGAAAAAGCAGAGCAAAAAGCAGCCAGCUUGGAGAAGAAGUUGGCAGAGGUCACAGACAAGUUAUCCUCUUCCAUGAAUAUAGAUAUCAAAGGACAAGAAGAUCCUUUGGGAUUUUUAGUAAUAAAGUUUCCAAUGCUCUUGAAGGAACAUUCACUAGAAAAGACAAGAAUUGCACUUCUUGAAAAAGCCUUGGCCACUCAAGAAAUGGAGCUUAAAGCUAGUAGGGAAACAAUAGUGAAUCUUGUUUCAGAAAUGAAAAAGGAGCAAAGAACAGCAGCUGGCCACACUGUACAACUGGCAAUACUAAAGAAGGAGAAGGACGAGGCUGUAUUGACCAAGAAGACCUUUGAAAGGAAUAACACCAUUCUCUCAGAAAGAUUGAAAGACAAGCAAAUAGCAUGGGAUAACUGUUGCCAAGAACUGCUUCAUAAAGAGAAAAAAUUCACUGAGUUAGAUAGAAUUCUGCAUGCCUCCAUAUAUGAGACUAAAACUACACAGACCUUAUAUCAAACCUUCAUCAGUCAACUGGCUACACUCCUGAGCAACACCUUCAUAACUAUGGCUGGGACAGAGGAAGCUAUUAAAGAAAGGAUACAAGAAAUCUGUGGCAGUGAACAUUCUUGGAAAUCUCACAUGGGGUUUCUACAAGAGUUGACAGAGAAGCUACAGAUUAAUCAGGUUAGCUCACCAGAAAGUCUGCACUGCCAAUAUGAAAUGCUCUUAAACAAAGCAGAACAGCUAAGUAAACUGGAUAUGGAAUAUCUUCUUGAGAACAAGAACUGUAUCUUUAAUUUGCAGAAGAAGGUAAAUUCUCAAAGGGAAAAAAUCAAAAUGAAGAAUUGGCAGAUAGAACAACUGAUAGAGAAGAUCAAACAGUUUGAAAAAGGAAAAGAGCAACAGGUCUGCUUGAAUGUUGGGCAGGAUCCACAGAGCCUGAAAGCCCAGAAAGAAACUGAGAAACUUCAAGAACAGCUUAAGGAAAUGAAAAUGUCAAAUCAAACUCAUCAGGCAAAAUUUGUGAGUGUAAAUGAUCUCAAAAACAAAACCAUAGAAGAACUCAGUAAAUUUUGGGAAAAAGUUGAAAAGAUUAAGGAGAAAGCAGUUAGAAAGGUGGUCAGUUUGAAAACAGAACUAGACUACACAGAACAUGAGGCAAGGAAGGAAAAAGAGAGGGCCCAUCAUAUGCUGGAAGCAGUCACUAAUGAGCUCCACGUAGCAAAAAGAGCACUUGAAGAAGUAGCAAGAAGAGAAAAACAGAUUGGCACUAUAUUUCUGUCCUUGGACACAAUGGAUAAAAAGCAGCUUGGGAGUUUGUGUCUGAAAUAUGGUUUACUCCACACGGGGAAAUCAGCACAGGAUCUGAAAACCUCACCCAUUAAGUAUUUUGAGCAAGGAGGAGGAGAUUGA